CAGUAAAGCCAGAGUGUACGGUGGCCCCGGACCUUGUUGCAAGAGCCGCUACCGUAAGCCUCUGGCGAAGGCCCGUAUUCGACCGGUGAAGGCACGGCAUGUCUGCCUCCUCCGCUGACAUGAUUGAAACCCCUCCAGUGCUCAACUUCGAGGAGAUCGACUACAAGGAGAUCGAGGUGGAAGAGGUAGUUGGAAGAGGCACCUUUGGUGUUGUCUGCAAAGCAAAAUGGCGAGGAAAAGAUGUAGCUAUCAAGCAAAUAGAAAGUGAAUCUGAAAGAAAAGCCUUUAUUGUAGAGCUUCGACAGUUGUCACGUGUGAAUCACCCAAAUAUUGUGAAGUUGUAUGGAGCCUGCCUAAAUCCUGUUUGUCUUGUUAUGGAAUAUGCUGAAGGCGGCUCACUGUAUAAUGUUCUGCAUGGUGCUGAGCCCCUGCCUUUCUACACAGCUGCUCAUGCGAUGAGUUGGUGUUUACAGUGUUCCCAAGGAGUGGCAUAUUUACACAACAUGAAGCCAAAGGCUCUUAUUCACAGGGACCUUAAGCCACCAAACUUGCUCUUGGUGGCUGGAGGCACAGUUUUGAAGAUAUGUGACUUUGGUACAGCCUGCGAUAUUCAGACCCAUAUGACUAACAACAAAGGGAGUGCUGCAUGGAUGGCUCCUGAAGUCUUUGAAGGUAGUAACUACAGUGAGAAAUGUGAUGUUUUCAGUUGGGGAAUCAUCCUUUGGGAAGUCAUCACCAGGAGGAAACCUUUUGAUGAAAUUGGAGGCCCUGCUUUCCGCAUUAUGUGGGCAGUUCACAAUGGUACUCGGCCACCUCUAAUUAAGAAUUUACCUAAGCCUAUUGAAAGCUUAAUGACUCGCUGCUGGUCAAAAGAUCCAUCUCAACGACCUUCAAUGGAAGAGAUUGUCAAGAUAAUGACACAUCUUAUGCAGUAUUUUCCUGGUGCUUAUGAAGCUUUGCAGUAUCCUUGUCAGUAUUCUGAUGGUGGGCAAAGCAAUUCUGCCACAAGUACAGGGUCAUGCACUGAUCUUAAUUCUACAAAUACAAGCAAUAAGAGUGAUAUCGAGGAAUUCCAGGUUAGUGCAAGCAAUGAUACAAUCAAACGAAUAGAGUCCAAAUUGGCACACUGGAAUAAUCAGUCCAAGCAAGGCGGGGAACAAGGCCGCUUGAGUCUGCCACCUUCUCGAGGUAGCAGUGUUGAAAGCCUGUCUGAUACUCGAGGAAAGCCACCUUCAAUACUUACAUCUGAGAGUAAAAGGAUGAGUGCCGACAUGUCAGAAUCAGAAUCAAGGAUUUCUGCAAGCACAGCAUAUACCAAGCCUAAACGAGGCCACCGUAAAACUGCUUCAUUUGGCAAUAUUCUGGAUGUCCCUGAGAUCAUCAUAACAGGCAACGGGCAGCAGAGGCGCAGAUCUGUUCAGGACGUCAGCAUUAUUGGAACUGAAUCCAGUCAGGUAAGGAACACAAGUAGAAGUAGCAGCCGAUCCUCAAGCCCUAGUGUGAGGAUGAUUACUACCUCGGGACCAACCCCUGAUAAACCUCCACGUGGUAUUCUAUGGGGUCCCGAAGAUUCAGAUACCAAUGGAUCAGAUAACUCUAUACCAAUGGCAUAUCUUACACUCGACCAUCAAUUGCAGCCUCUCGCGCCAUGUCCAAAUUCCAAGGAAUCUAUGGCUGUGUUUGAGCAGCACUGCAAAAUGGCACAAGAGUAUAUGAAGGUUCAAACGGAAAUUGCAUUAUUGCUGCAGCGAAAGCAAGAGCUAAUAGCCGAACUAGACCAGGAUGAAAAAGACCAACAAAAUACAUCUCGCCUGGUACAGGAACACAAAAAGCUUUUAGAUGAAAACAAAAGUCUUUCUACUUAUUAUCAGCAAUGCAAGAAACAGCUGGAUGUCAUUAGAAGUCAGCAGCAAAAGAGACAAGGAACCUCCUGAUCAUCCAAGGCUGUUAACCUCUUGGUGUGGCGCAGUUAUGGACAUCUUUCAAACUUUCCUUCUUUAUUUUGAGCAUGAAGAUGGAUAUAUUUGAAUCGGCACAUGGAGCUGCUGGAUAAAUACAGCGUUUAAGGGAUUUUGUGAACUAUUAAUGUGUGCAUGUCUCAUGCCUAUGGAAAGUCCUAUUAUGUUAUAUCUGAAUAGUUUUUGAUUUUCUUUUUUUUUCUUUUUUUUUUUAAUGUUGAGCUUCGCUUCUAAAAGAGAACCUCAGAUCUUGCUUUUAAACAGGUUUUUUUUUUUCUGUUAAGAAAGUUAAUUUUAGUAAGCUGGCUAACACAAUGGAAGAAAAAGUAUUCAGGUCAUUUCACAUACUCAUUGUUUCAAUGUAUUCCUUCAGUUCAGUAAUUUAUAUUUUACUGUCAGCGUGCUGAAACAGCGUUGGGGAAAAGGUUGUACAAUUAAAUAAAGGCAGGUUUAUUAUAAAAAA